AUGCAGCAGGCCAGACAGUUGGGUAUAAAGGAGUCAAUGAUAGACAGGUACAUGCUUGUGCUUCUUUGGGUUUCCCAAGGCAACACAGGACCUUUUGCAUUCUGGCUGCUUUUCUUCCUCAUGAAGCACCCUGAAGCCAUGACAUCUGUGAAGGGGGAGGUAGAUAAGGUUCUGAAGGAAUAUGGCAAGGAAGUUCUACAUGGUGGCCCUUUGAUCAACCUGACCUGUGACAUGCUGAUGAAAAUGCCAAUCCUGGAUAGUGCUGUAGAAGAGACCCUUCGACUCAUUGCUGCACCACUCCUCGUCAGGGCAGUGCUCCAGGAUAUGACUUUCAAGAUGGCUGAUGGGUGUGAAUACCAUAUUCGCAAGGGCGAUAGAAUGGCAGUCUUUCCUUAUAGUGCCGUCCACACUGACCCGGAGAUCCACCCUGACCCACAUUUGUUCAAAUAUGACUGCUUUCUGAAUCCAGAUAGGAGCAGGAAAACUGAUUUCUACAAAGCAGGGGAGAAGGUGAGGUAUUACAACAUGCCCUUUGGUGCAGGGGUCUCUAUGUGUCCUGGGAGAUUAUUUGCCAACAAUGAGCUGAAACAGUUUGUUUUCCUUAUGUUGGUCUAUUUUGAGUUUGAGCUGAAAAUUCCUGAUGAGAAGAUAUCCGAUACUGAUGUCAAGCGAUUGGGCUUUGGAGCACUUCAUCCAAUUAGAGACAUCCAGUUUCGGUACAGAUUCAGAUUCUGA